GGGGGGGGGGGGGCGGUUUCCACAACUUAAAAAAGUUUUAGGAAACUUCUACUUUUUUCCUAGGUUUUGAAAUUAUUGAUGCAAGGAAUUUCAGGAAAUAAAAAAUAUAUAAAUAAUACCAAAUGAAUAUGCCCUAGAUAUUAUUUGGGGUUUACAUGAUGUUGAUCCUUGCAUAUCAAUUUUAUUCAACGUUCAAAGUCAUAAUUUCAAACAUGAAAACUUUAAAACCACUUUUUCAUUUUAAUUGUUUUCACUGCUUCAUUAUUCCAAAAUUAAUCCGUCAGAUUUUCAGUCCCAUAUAUAUCUGGAAGAGGAAGACAGAUGAGAAUUUUCUUGCAUAGAUGGAAAAAUAAAUAAUCGAGGCGGAGGAGGGAGGAGAAGGCCGGCCAGGGGCGCGGCAUGGAUAAAUGGUUGGGCUCGGCAAAAUGGCGUUCGUCGGAUCGAGAUUGCUCUGCAGGAGUUUGCAGGUUGUGCGGCUUAAUUCACCACUAUUACGAGGGGCAGUGCGUGCAGAAUGUGUCCCAAAACACAAUCAAGCUGGAGCCCUGAUAGCUCGAGGGAUGGCCGGUGGAGGAGGAGCAAAGAUGUUCAUCAAAGCUUCCAGGUACACAGAUCUUAGGUUUCUUCGAGCUCUGAGAUACUACUUCUUACUCACUGGUGUACCUUUAGCCAUUGUUGUUACCUUUGUCAAUGUAUUUAUAGGAGAGGCAGAGUAUGCAGAGAUUCCUGAGGGAUAUGUUCCAAAACAUUGGGAAUAUCACAAGCAUCCAAUCACAAGGUGGCUUUCAAGAAACUUCAUAGCCAGUCCACAGCAGGAGUACGAGAAGAUGGCCCACUACAUGGAGAUUGAAGGAGAGAAGAUCAAGGCCAGGAGUGAAGAAAAAGAGGUCAGACGUCUGAUGAGGUCAAGGGGCGAAGGUCACUGGUAUUACUACCCCGUAGCGACCCCACCCAACUGGAAAUCCCAAGAAGAGAUGAAGGAAUAGAGCUUGCAAUUAUUUCACAUGGGCAAUUACAUAAUAUAUUUUCAUCUGCCCUUGUAUUUCUGAAUACUCCCAUGUCUUUACUUUUUAGGUCACAUGAAAUCUGUUAUGCUCUCUAAUAACAUGGCUUGAUUGGUUCCCGGUGAGUGUUUCAUAAAGCUGUUCGUAAGUUACAAGCGACCUUACGGAUGACUGGUGAUCCUUUCUUGAGGUAAAAUAUGCACACCAAUUUUCUUUGGUGUUGUUUUAGCUCCCAAGUAAAGAUCACCAGUUCGUAAGUUGGCUCGUAACUUACGAAGAGCUUCAUGAAACACCCACCUGGAUGGAAGUAAGAGUGGCAAAAACGUGGUUUGCAUUCACAAAUCAGGUUGAUUACUUGAUGGAAUUGCCCAUGUCUUAAUUGAAAGUCAGUAAAUUGUAAAUAGGAUGUUUUAUGAGCGAAGAGGGUUGAUAUUCAUGACUUCAAAGCGUGGUCAGAAGAAAAGUUGUGAAAUGCACAGAUGCUUAGGAAGGAGGGUUCAUAGGUUGAAUCAAGGAUCCCCUAUGAGUUGGACCUCCUGUGGCAACUAGCUAUGGUACUCUGUAUCUGGUACAAGUAUUUGGUUUCUGUUCAAAGAAAGUGACCAAAGACAUAGGCAGCUUGUCAAAAGUCUAUGCUGCGUCUUUUAGCGGAAUCCCACUAUAAGAAUGCUAUGUAUCUUUCGAUUGCAGCUUUUGUGAAGUCCAAGUUGUUUUGUAUGUUGACUGAUAUUCUAGAAAGAGUUUUGGAAACUCAUGAUGGAAAUUUUAUAUCAAUAUGGUCAGAAUGUUAGGUUCGGUGGAAAAAAUGGACUUGUGCCCUAGAAAAUAUGUCAAAAUUCAUUAUUGUGAAAGCUAAUGAUAUUUUCUACAGAGAAUCUUAAACAGCUCUAACUUGGAGAACAUGUUGAAUUAAUAUGCUUUAGAAAACAGGAAAUGCAUGUAUGAGGGAUUGAAAUACAAGUCAGACCUGGGGCCCGUAACACAAAACUUAGCAAUGAUCGUAAGAACAUUUUUCUACGAUCGAUUCCAUUGACUACACUGUACAAUCAAUCGUGAAAAUCAAGCCUACGAUCAAUCGCUAACCUUUGUGUUACGGGACCCUGGAUUGUAAAUGUAAUGUUUUAGUAUGAAAUCCAAUUCUGCACCAUUGCACAACAUUAGAUGGGAAAUAUGAUGUUUGCACUCCGUCACAUAUAAUUUAGGCAAAUUUAUAGUCACAUAAUUUAUGAGUACUUUGGUGGGUACUUAUCCAGAUGACAGAUACACUAAUAUUGUGUUCUUUGAUGCAAGAACAGAGACUACUAAAUUACAGCCCCACCCAUAAUGUUUCUUGCUGUUUUCUCCAUAUAAGACCAUUCCAAUAGUUUCAUUAUACCCAGAGACUGGUCUAUCUGUUCUAGUUCUUGGUCUACAAUAAAACAUGACAAUUAAUUGGUUUUGCAAGGACAGAUCAAAGGAACAUAUGCCAUGUUGUAUCCUAACUGUACCAAGUUGGCUAUCAUCUCUGAAGAGAAAAGAGUGCCCUCUAUUGGUGAAAGUUUGUCAUGUUUAUCUGUUAUCAGUCAGCAGUGUAUUCUUGAAGAUGGUGGUUCAGUUUUUGGAGAGAAAAUGGUCAUGAAUAUUAUCCUUUAUAACUUGAGUAUUGAUAAUAAACUUGAUGAAAAUUUCUA